CUAGGAAAUCCACGAUCUGUCGCAUAUCCUCUUAUUAUUCUCGGAGGAAGCGAGUAGCCAUUAAAACUGUAAAGACCUAUAAGUAUCUUACAAAAUGAAAGGAAAAUCCUUCAGUUUCUUCUGGUCGAUUCAAGAGCUCGGAUCGCAAGUUAUUCUUAGUUGAAAACAUUUUUUCCACGUAAAACUAGACAGCGGUGACCAUCGCACGAUGACAGAUAACGGCAAAGCAAACAACAAGAAGGCACCCUUCACGAUCGAAAAUAACGUGAUCAUAGGUGCUAGUGUACCAAUGGACGCUUCGAGUUUCGACAUAGGAGCCGUGAUUUUGAAGAUAUUCAGUGAUCAUCCAAAGCAUGUUGCACAGAUCGAGGUCAAAACUGGCAAGGAGACCCUUUACCAGGACAUGAAGGACGCUACCAUACGUUGUGCGCUUUGGCUGCAAAAGCAAAAUAUUGGUUCCGGCGAUGUUAUUGCAGUCUGCACGGAAAAUCAGCCCGACUCUUACAUACCUUGCAUUGCCACCUUUUACGUUGGCGCUGUUUUCAAUCCUUGGCAUCACGAAGUUACCUUGAAAACCGCCCAGUAUCUGAUGAGCCUAACCAGACCAAAGGUGAUGUUCUCGUGCGAGAGCGCAUUGAAGGUACUGAUGGAGGCCGCGAGGCUGGAAAAAGUUGACACGAGGUUCAUUGUUUUCGGGAAAUACCCGGAGAUGCAAAGUUUGAGGGACACAAUGCGACUGCAAACGAACGAGGAAGUACGAACCUUUCAGACCCGAUCGAUCCAGGCCGACAACAUCGCCAUGAUUCUCUUCUCCUCGGGCACAACGGGUAUGCCGAAGGGCGUCACACAUUCCUAUAAAUCACUCUAUCGCAAUAUAUCUUCCUUCACUAUUCUCGGCGCUAAAAACUCCAUCUCUCUAUGGUACUCGUCCCUCUACUGGAUAAGCGGGACUUUUUGCAUGCUCCGAUCGAUACUCACCAGGGCGACUAGCAUUCUGCACGAAAACUUCGAUCCCGAAGAGACUUGUAAAGUUAUCGAAAAAUACAAGGUCGAUUGGUUCUUCAUAUCGCCGAGCGCCAUCAAUCUCCUGUACAAAUCGAACGUUUUGCAAAAGUAUCGGCUGAAAUCGCUCGAGGCGCUGUUGACCGGAGGCUCGAAAUUGAGCCGCGAAGUCAUAGAGGGUUUGAGGAAGAGUCUCCCUCACGCCGGCGUCGCUCAAGGAUACGGCAUGACUGAAAUCGGAGGACUCGCCACGAUUCAGAUGAUCAACUGCAAGAAGAGCGAUUCCGUCGGAUUCGUCAUACCGAACAUUCAGUUGAAGGCGAUCGACGUCGCGACCGGCAAAGUUCUUGGACCAAACGAGGUGGGAGAAAUUUGCAUGAAGUCGCCGACGCUUAUGCUCGGUUAUUACAAAAAUCCCGCUGCGACGAGGGCGACGAUCGACGAUCAAGGUUGGUUGCACUCGGGUGACAAAGGAUACUACACCGAGGACGGCGAAGUCGUUAUCGUCGACAGGCUGAAGGAAGUGAUGAAAUAUCAGGGACACCAAAUCUCACCCCACGAAAUCGAAGAAGUGCUCAUGAGACACUCGGCCGUUAUGGAAGCAGCAGUGGUACCGGUUCCGCACGACGUGGAUGUCGAUUGGCCUAUGGCUUUCGUGAGGAAAGUUCCGGGUGCCAAGGUGACCGAGGCGGAACUGGUGCUGCUCAGUCAAUCAGAACUGGGCGAGGUGAAGAAACUGAGGGGUGGCGUCAAAUUUGUGGACGCAAUACCCUACACCGCGUCGGGAAAAAUCAGUCGGAAAGAACUCAAAGAAAUGGCCAAAUUGGCUCACAACAAAUGACGUGCAAUAAGUGUUAUUGUAUAAAGGACGUGCAUUUCUGCAGGGAGUAGAUAUAACAUAAGUGAGAAAAAGAAGUAUAACAUUAUAAGUUUAUGAGGAUCGAAAAAUCGAAAUAAAUUUAUUAUUGGCCAGAAGUCUUGGGGUAACCAAGUUUCAGGGCUUCUUUGAACAUGGCUACGAACGAAUCGAGAACCUCCUCGCAGUUGGGAAUGAUCUGAUCGGCCGGAAGAAUGAAGCCGUGCUUUCCGGUGUCGCGGAGUUCGUAGGUGAAAGAAACUGGUACCUUCAGGGUGUCCUUGACCCAGUCCAUCGAACUGCCGCUCGCGACGUCUGGAGGCGAAAGAAGCGUUUAACAAAGUGUAUUAUUACACGUACACUCAUAUAAAUGAAAUACAAGCUA